AUGCAACAAUACUUAGUGGACAGAGCAGGAGGUGAUCCGUCUCGCGGCUCUCCUCAAGGCUUUCGGAUCUACUCGCACACCACCUCAGACAAGCCUGGGACAGGGCCAGAGCACGGCCAGUGGUUCGGGAGCCUAUUCUAUGGACCAGGCUUCAGAGAUCAGCUUCAGUGGAGAUCAGGCGAUGAACGAGUCUGGACAUUCCAUUCCCUCGACAGUUGCCACUACCGGAUCACGCUGGGGCAAACGCAGAUCAACACAUGCUGGGGCCCGAGUACACAAGAGUCCCCGACGAGACCCGGUACUCUCGGCCCCCCCGUGGACAGCGCCAGCAACGGGCUUAACCCCGGAAGGAGUCAGGAGGACACCGAUGACAGCAGUUUUGGGGGACGAGCCGGAGCUUUUGCCAGCGAGCCCUUCCACAAAUCCGCCUCUGUGACUGGUACGGGAUGGUUCCAGUAUUGGCUGCAAUUGGCGUCUUUUGCUGUGGACAACGGAGCCGAACUGAUCGGCGAUCUAUGCACCGACGAGGCACAGGACGCUAUACUGCCCAAACCAGAAGUCGAAGGGGACAUAGAGGAUGCUGUUCAGGUUUUGCGUCAAGCCCCGUCAGCGCUCUCCAGAGUACGUCAGGGUGUGGUGUUAGCCGCGCACAUCACCGCAGAUCAGCCGAUCAGCGAGGGUCCAGUCCCGGAGGAGCAGGAGGCAGGUUGCCUCGGCAAGCUGCUCCCAGGGGCAACCAAAGGUCAGAGGCAGACUUUGUCACUAUCUUGGUUGAUCUUGGUAACCGAGUUAUGUGUCUUGAUGUCACGCGACACCGACUUGCAGCUGAUCUCUUCCAGCAACUUAGAGGGCGCCAGUGCUCACACGGAGAUCGGUGAAAUCUCCAUCUCGCCCUUCGCCUCAGCGCCGGGAAAUUGGCUAGGUUACAACAUCCCUUUCCCCGCUUAUUGCCUUUCUCCUCAUAACGUCCCCAGCCACGUUAUCAUUGUUGUGGAUGUCCACCGCCAGUGGUUGCGCCCUGUGAUGCAGGCUGCCCAGCAUUGUACCUCUUUUGAAGAGGCGGUGGUAUCCCGUUGGAAUGAACUUCAGCGCGACCCUGCGGUCACCCGCAUUUGGACUUAUACAUGCGAGAAUCCGGUUGAGGUCCCAUAUGUCGCCGUUCCGGACCCAGCGCUCAUGUACCAUCAAGUUGGGAGUAAUGGGCGGGGCAUCCCGGCAGCGGGCGACUUCGUUUGGACCCAGCCCCGAGUGGUGCAGGGCUGCGCGCACAUCCUGCAUAUCCCUCCGAGAUCUCACCCACCAUAUGUAUUCUGGUUGCUCCACUUCCGCGCUAGAGGUCAUGUAGUUGCGUCCGCCGAGCACGUGUUUGACUGGUCGUACAUCGGUGCACUUGCUGCUGAAGCCUUCGGGGAAACUUGGUUCAGCCAGGGCUCUUUCGGUAUAGUCCAUCAAGGGAGGGUUCUUAGCUACGGGGAGAAUAUCGGUAUUCCGCCCCAUGGCACUGUCCUUCAUCUAACUCGCACCUCCCUCCAGCCCCGGACAAGCCAGUCCAUCUGGGACACACCCACGGAUGCCAGCUGUGUUGUCCCUUUCGACUACGACAUUUGUAGGGGCCAGCGAGGGGGGGGGCCAGUCUACCCAGUUAUGCCCGCAAACCCCGCCGACACACAGCCCUCAGGAUCAGCACAGGCGCACAGACCUCAAGAGAGACCAGAUGAACCCUCUAUAGGCCGACUGCUGAACCGUCAGAUCAUUGACAUCGGUAAUGACAUGCAGGUCCUGAUCACUCGACUAGAAACUGCUGGAGUACUCCCAACCCCAGAAGUAGCCCCGUGGGUGACGCAGUCACCUGAGGAAGCCGAGCCGUCAGCCCAAUCUGGCAGUUAUGCUUCUCGACAUGUCAAUCCGUUCCCUAGACUGGUGCAAUGCAGUCUUUGGUGGAUAGCCUCCGCGUUGCAUGCCGGCAAGGUACACUUGGGUUAUGCUUCUGCCAGCUGCCUGAUCUGGCAACUCCCACCCGUUUACGGGCAGGACCAUGAUCACGAUGAUAGCUCCGAAGAGGCAGGACCCUCUGAGCCAAGCAGCCCGGCCGAGCUUGGCGAUAUUUCCGCGCCCACUCCGCUCACUUCGCUGCUAGACGUUGCAGGGAGCACGCCUGUCGUUCGGCCCAGUUCUGAUCCCCUUGCCUCCACGUCAGUUCCGGGUCAGGAGGUCAGCACUCCAGCCCGACCCACCCCAGCGGACUGUGAUGUUGCUACUGCCCAGCACCGCUUCACAUGCGCUAUCCACGGGGUUCAGCUACUUCCGGCAGUGACAGGCCCUUUUGUGCCUGCUGGUGUGCCUGUUGUUAUGCAUAACCCUUUCACAGGGCGACCUCAAUGUCGCCUGUGGACAACUGCACAGCAUUCACCACGCGUUCUGCUGAACACGCUAAGCGAUUACGCCCAGCGACGCGGAUGGCAGCGAGUCUGCGCUGUUCACCCACAGCCCGACAACCUAGCUGUGCACCUCAUACCAUCGGCUGCCAAUGCCGAUCUAGCUGCUGUGAUUCUGCAGGCGGAGGGAAAUCUUCACCCGAGAUGUGUGCAGCGCACCCUGCCGCAAGGAGGGACCGGGGCGGUGACCAUCAAUGGCCGUGCUGGUCGAGUGAUCGCACCUUAUUCUGCUCGCUCUGUUGACUGGCCGGCCUCUCUUCGAGACGGCGACUGCCUCAAUGUAAAUUUUGGGCCCUAUGGCCCGCCACCGCCUCAGCCAGUCCAUGAUGCAGCACAUCGGCAGAGUCCGAUAACUGUCCUAGGGGCGGGUUUGCUUCUGUCCAGCAGAUGGGGUUUCCUGUUCGGCGCUCCAUUCCUUCUGGCGGCUGCAAUGGACAGCAGCCCACCACGAGCGGAAGACACAAAACCUAUCUACCGCAUCUCAGCUUAUCCUUGGCGCUUACCACACCCAGACCGGACCGCAGAAGAUGUCUGCGACCGCAAGCAAUGCCGCUACACCGUGCUUUGCCCAUGGACAGGCCCGCAAGGCGUCUUCUCCGUCACGCCCAAUACCCCCAUUUCCGAGGUUUGGAGGCAUUACGGGUCGAUCCUCCCAGGUUGGCCUGAUCAGCAAUUCACUCCAACGUGGCCUGGGUUGCGACACGACCGAAUCACUGUGAUUCCCAUCCCACCCAGCCCCUCGCUCGCCUGCGUGGUUGUUCGGCAAUUAUACCAUGCUCGAGCUAUACUGCUUCACGCGGAGAUUACACUCGAUCACCUCUGUCGCGUCAUUCAAUAUCAUACGCCUUGGCGACCAGUAGAGAUCCUUCUGCCCCCGGCCGUUCUUGCUGCACGCAGCCACCAUGAGCGCCAGGCAUUACGUCUUCGCACCGGGGAUGUCCUUGAUGUGUUGGAAGCGUCGCAGCAUCGGCAAACGAUCGGGGUUAAUAACCCUGAUCUAAUCCGCGGAUAUGCCAACUGGAAUCACGGCAUUGGCAUUCUCUGUACCACCCUAGUUCGACUCUGGGAUACAGCUUGGCGUAGACCCAUCAUCACUUGGCUUAGCCCCGGUGCUGAAUGGAUACCGUCCCAAUUAUCUUUCUCGGGUGAAUUCCAAAACUCAUACCCGGGUCGGUGGGUACCUAUAGCCUGGAGCCCUAGCCGCAUUCUGCAAUUUAUGCGCGCGUCGGACUCUGCCACACAAGCCAAUGUUCUUGUCGAGCAAGAUGACCGCACCUUCGCCACUACCACUGAUAUUACGAGUUCCGGCACAGCGAUUGCGCAAGCGCUUCAGGUGCACAGGGAAGCUGUCACGGUCAUUGGGGCUCACAUUACUGACCCAGACCACUUGUGCGUCCUCCGCGACGGGGAUAUCAUCCGCGCCACCUCACCCCGUGCACCUGCCGUGCCUAUCUACGGCUGGCCGGACGAUGAGGCGGGUAUCUUGCUUGCCCUCCUCCUGCAAUUCACACCGGCGCGGGCGGUACGCCUGACCUCCAUGAAGCUUUUCUCGAUGUUGCCUCGCUACGCCUGGAUUAUUCUAUUUUGUGCCCAUUUCACGGAUGGAGUCAAGGCGCGCGGCGGCCUUGCCACGCUGGCUACCAUUCUAGUGUUCGUUCCAGGCUGCAUUCGGUUACGGGUUCCACCCUCCCUGCGCGUGGCUGAGCAUUCCCCUGAUGCCGCUAUUAUACUGCGAGACGGAAGAGAGUACCGGGAGGCCCGCUAG